AUGGUCACCACCAACAAGCUCCUGCUAGGCGUCGCAAGUCUUAUCUCGACGGCGCUCGCGGCCUGCGACUCGGCCGCGUUUCCCAAUGCCCCCUCGGUCGCCCUCGGUCCGGACAUGACGCUGCGCAGCCUCGUCCAAGGCGCCAACGUGUGCUUUCAAGUCACGGCGGCCGUCGCCAACGCGCGAUGGGUCUCGAUUGGCCUCGCAACCUCCUCUCGGAUGGUGAGCAGCCCCAUCUCGAACGCGGUCGUCAUGGAGAUCGGGUCCGGUGCACCCACGGUGCGGCUCUACGAACUGCGCGGGUACACGGCUGCGUCGGCCGUGCUGCAAGCCGACCAGUCGUCCAUCUCGGUCGUGCGCUCGGCCGUCACCAACGGUAUCGCCUCGUUUACGUUUCAGCGACCGCUGGUGUCGCCGUCGCCACUCGACGUUGGCCUCGCAGACAACAGCGCAGCCAACGUCAUCUGGGCCCACGGCGCCUCGGCGUUUCCGUCGUACCACGAUGCCGCUGGCGCCACGCGCGUCGUGCUCUCGUCGUCGACGGGCCCGGCCCAGGUGCUCGCAGCCAUCUCGACCGUCGUCAGCUCGUACACGGCCCAGAUCGUCGCGGCGGGCUUCGCCACCAUGGUCCUCCUCGGCCUCGUCGCCACGCACGCUGGCGAGUGGCGUGUCGUCAACCAAAAGACGCUCUGUGCACCGCCGACGUCGCGCCAUCUCCUUGCGGGCUUUCAGCAGUCGCUCGCCGAUCUCAAGCUCGGCGAACUCGUCGUUCUUGUCGUGUACGUUGCGACGCUGAUCGCAGUGGGGCUCUCGGUCCGCGCCCAGUUUGCGGACGCGACGCUCGGCCGCGCGCUCUCGCUCAUCACGGGCCACUUGGCCCUUGUCGACAUGAUGCUCUUGCUCUUGCCCGUGGCGCGCGGCAAGCACUGGGAGCUCGUCUUUGGCAUCUCGCACGAGCGCAUCCUCAAGUUCCACCGCGGCCUCGGGCGCUCGUGCAUCGUUUACGCCACGCUGCACUUGAUCCUCACCGCCGGCACUAGUGGUGUCACCAGCGCGAACGCGUUCGGGACGCAGCGCGUGACGCCGCUCUACGGCUUCCUCGCGUUCCUUGCGUUUGCGUCCAUGGGUCUUGUUGCGUUCGAGCCGAUUCGCCGGCGCUGGUACGAGGCCUUCCUCUACUUCCACCGCGUCGCCGCCGUCGCCGGCAUUGUCUUGGCCAUGCUGCACAGCAAGGCGGUGGUCUACGGCAUGAUCUUCCCGCUUGUCAUUUACGGCCUCAGCGCCCUCGGCCGGCUCCGCGCCUUCUUCAACCGCUUUGAAGCCCAUGUCGACGUGAGCGCCCCCGACACGGUCACGCUCCUGUUGCCGUCGACGCCGCAGACCAAGCGCUGGGCAGAGACCAUGAACCCCUGCGCCUUCUUCUACGUCUGCGUCCCGUCCAUCUCGGCCACCGAGUGGCAUCCGUUCUCGGCGAUCGUGUCGCCCGACCAAGAUUCGAUCGGCUUUUGCAUCAAGGCCCCGAAGAAAGGGUCUUUUGUCGACAAGGUCUGCCUGGCUGCGACCGAUGCGACGACAAUGACGGUGCUUGUUGGCGGGCCGUACGGCAAGCCCGCCGUCGACCUUGGUCGGUACGAUCACGUGGUCAUGGUCUGCGGCGGCAUUGGCGUCACUCCGAUGCUGAGCGUAGUGAACCAGUGCCGCGACAAGGGGGGCGAGUCGCGCCGCGCCAACCUCGAAAUGCACUGGGUCGUGCGUGCACCCACCGAUCUCUUGAGCGCCGACCGACUCAUGUUCCCGCUGCCGAAUGAUGCCGUGUGCAAGCUCUACAGCACGGCUGCCGACAACGACAGCAGCCUCCUCAGCAGCACGGGCGAGACCGUGCACUACACCCGUGGCAAGCCGAUUCUAGACGAGGUCAUCAACCUCGAGCGGUUUCUGGGCAAGAAGGUGUGUGUGCUCGCGUGCGGCCCACCAGGCCUCGUGGCCGACGUCCAGCGCCACGCGCGGUCGAUCAACGUCGACUUCCACAAAGAAGUCUUCUUGUUCUAGCUCCUCGAUCUAAAGCUGAUAAUUUGAUACAUUGCAAUUUUAAAGAAACCCAAUGUCGAG